UAUGUUUCAAAUUAAAUCUAGUUUUGUAAAGAAAACGAGUGGAAUCAUGUAAUAGUUUUGGAAUAUUAAAGGGAUAUAUUUGUCUUGGAUAUAUUUAUUGGAGAACUGGUUUUCUGAGGAGCAAGAACCGGUUUUGAGGCUAAGAAAUCAGAUUGAAAUGCAUUGACAAUGUCGGUGGAUUUGACUGAGUUGAAGCGGAGCGACUUCCCAUCAUGUGUGCGGCUUGGACUCUUAAAACUGGAGGAGGUGCUCCAGAUGCCUCAAGUCAGCAUCCUACACGACGUUCAGCAGCACAUCAUGGAUCACUACAUAUUUUGCUGUCGAGACUUUAAUUCAUCCAAAAUCAGGGCUGUGGGGCCAGUAGAAGAGCUUGUGGUUGUUCGAGAACUGGGUCAGCACCUUGGGAAGAUGGUGGACGCGGCAGCAAGGAAUACCCUCUUCAUCACCCUCUUUCAUCCCUCUUCACAUGACCCACGUAUGCCACACAAACUACGCAUACUGUCUGCACUUGUGUCGCUUGCCAUUGUAACACACAAUGUUUCGGUACUAGAGGCAACGGCCGUCUGGAUGCAGCAAGUAUGUUGUUUGAGUGCUUGGAGCGGAGAGGUUUGUCGAGGCCUAGUACAGGACUACUUCCAGCUGACACCAACUGCGCCCCCACACUUUGCUGCUGCCUUGAGGGCGUUGCCUACUAUGGCUCCACUCUUCACAGCAAACCUUAUCACAACAUUGUCGCAGCUGUAUGCUAAAGUUGGUAGUGGCGAACCCUGUGAACGCCCGCCAGAUGCCCUCGUCUCGACAGUUGUGUGGUGGAUGCAGGGUGCCCCAGGGUCUCCCCCUCACCUGGCACUAGCACCUCUCACCCAUCCUCUCCCAGGGGUGUCUCUGCCCAUGACUGCUGUGCCACCAAUUGUUCCUCUGAUGAAAUGGUGUGCUGAGUCUCCAUUCUUUGAAAAUACUGAGACAGCCUCAGAAGGCCAGGGAAGAAGAGCCAGCUUACCAAAGCUUACUGAGGGCGAUGGUGCUUUUGAGAAAGGGGGAGGACCUCUUAAGGGGCCAAUGCUAGAGAGCGGUGAAAUGUAUUCACAGCUUCACCUCUCCAUCUUACAGACACUGCAGAAUGUACCGUCUGUGAGGGCCCGCAUGACACAGAAGCAGGUGUUAUGCCCAAAACAGGUGACCAGUGUAGUAGAUGCUGUGUGUGAGAGAAUAAGGACUUGCAGCUCCAAUGAUGACAGUGUGAACACCUCCCUUGACAGAUUAGCGCAGACUAUUUUGGUUGCUCUCCAUACAGAGUGUCUCUCAGGAUCCCUCAGUGACAUGUGGGAUGCCUUGCACAGAUUGCCCAUUAAGAACCGCCUCAUCAACACACUCCUCAAUUCACAUGAAGCCAGGUGACCUAACAUCAGGGUUUCUCUCGGGUCAUGGAACGAGAGGUCAACUGCAAGAACUGGGUUAAUUUGAAUUUUUUUGCAAUUUCUUUUUUAUAUACUUAACAACCCUAGGUCAUGGUUUGAUGCUAGUAAUGUAUUUUUGUAUGGGAGAUUGUGUAAGUCUGACUCUUGCAUAUUUUAUACCUACAAUCUGUGAAAAUACCAUGUUUGAUAGAAUAUCAUAGAAUAGAUCAUUUUUUUUUAUGAAUGUAAGUUAUUAGAAUAAGUGAUAGAAAGUAAAUAAAGAGAAUUCAUAUUGAAAAUCUUUCUAAACCUUUUCUGUAUCUUGCAGAUAAAUUAUAUGUUCCAAUACAUAUUUUCUAUUGUAGAUACAUAAAGUCAUUAACUGUGGCUUACAGCAUUUGCUGUUGGUAGUUCAGUUAUACAUAAACAUUACUGCACAAAAUUAUUGUUAAUUUUCUUUCAUUCAUUGCAAACCACAAGGAUGACAGUAGUUUCUGAUUGUGCGGUUAUUGGAUUAAAGAAAAUGUGAGCAUAAAUGAACUCAGACAAUUGAUACCUGAACAAACCCUAAUAGAAAUAAGCUGUGAGUUCUAUGUGAUAUAUAAAAUGUUGCCAGAAAUAAAACAUUAAGUAAA